AUGGCUCCUAUGUGCUGGAUUCACGAGGCGUGGAGGUGGAGCAGGGACUCCAGCCUUCCCCAGAACUCUUCCAGAACCACCAGGCCUUCUCCCAAGCCUUCAAAGAACGCUCUGAAGAGAUGGCCCUACAAUACAAACCCGGAGUACGCUUGGGCUUACGAGGUCGACGCCAAAUCCACCGGGGACAUGAAAUCUGCCCGAGAGGAACGUCGAGGUGACGUGGUGGUGGGUCAGUACUCGGUCAUGGACCCCGAUGGGUCUCUGCGCGUGGUCGACUACUCGGUAGCUCCCGGCACAGGCUUCCAGGCCACCGUCCGCAAGGAGUACACGGGCGAGGCUUUCCAGGGACAGGAGCAGAGACUGCAGGCUCAGGCCAAGCAGUACAGUGCUAUCCAACAGGGAAGCAACUACCAACAGAACCGCAACCAGUACCAGCAGAACCGUGGCCAGUAUUCACAGAACCGCAACCAGUACCAGGAAAACCGUGGCCAGUACUCACAGAAUCGCAACCAGUACCAACAGGACCGUGACCAGUACUCACAGAAUCGCAACCAGUACCAACAGGACCGUGGCCAGUACUCACAGAACCGCAACCAGUACCAGGAAAACCGUGGCCGGUACUCUCAGAACAACGAUGUAAACCAACAGAAUCGCAACCAGUACCAAUACUUACAAAAUCGCAACCAGAACUUGGAAAACAACCAAUAUUUUCAAAACCGCAAUCAAUAUCAGCGAAACCACAACCAAUAUUCUCAGUACAGCAACGAUUACCAGCAGAACCGCUAUCAGAACCAACAGAACUAUAAUGAGUACCAGCUGAAGCCCAUUCAGUAUUCUCAGAACCUCAACGAGUACCAACAGGACCGCAAUCAGAAUCAGCAGAACCGUUACCAUUUUUUACAGAAUCGUAACGGGUAUAAGCAGAACCGCAAUCAGUACCAGCAAAACCGCGACCAGUCUUACCAGAACCACAACCACAACCAGUACCAGCAGAACCACGGCCAGUCCUACCAGAACCGCGAUCAGUCCUACCAGUACCAGCAGAACCGCGAUCAAAGCUUUUCCAGUCGCAACAACAACGUCAGGUACAACUUCCAGCGUUAUGGAACCAACCGCUUCACUCAGAACCUGAACCGUCCUUCGCCCAGCCUCUACAGCCAGAACCAAAACUACCUUCUGACCCGCUAUGGAUCCGCUUCUCAGAACCAGUACAACAACCGCGUCUACAACCAGUACAGCGCCCAAGUGAACAGGAACCAGCAGAACCAAGGUUACUCUCCCGUCAGCGUGGUUCUCGCUUCCUCAAGGAACUAA